UCGAUUUGUCAUUUGGUGUAACCAAAAAUAGGCAUAAACCGAUUGUAUCUACAAAUGUACUCUUAUCAUGUUUGAAGUAAACCCACCACCGUGUUUAAUAUAAUUUCGACAACCUGGUUGGGUAUAAUUCUUGUAAAAUAUGUUUUAAACAUAAUCAUUCACAACAAAGUGAUAUCGAAAACAACUGAAGACUAGUACAUUGCAGUUUUAAUAUUUGGUGGUAAAAACUCUUCAUUACAUUUAAAAUAAAAAGAGGAAAAUUGCUGCAGUGAAAACCGAGACACCGAGAUGAAUCUUUUGAAUUCAAUAACGAAGUCGUUUCAACGAUCUAACUCUCAAAAAGAUGCCCCACUCGGUGAAAAUCACAAACGAGCUGAACAAGAGGAUGAUGGGUUUCUACUUGUUGGAAAUACAACCACUGAAAGAGCCUCCUACCAGAGUAGUCACUACCAAGGAGGCAGUCAACAGUUCCAGUCUCCCACCCUGGAUGCCACACAGUGGCCAGGCCUCUCGAGUUCUGAGCCACUUCAAACCGGUUCAACCACUGUUCCAAAUGUAUCCUCACGUUCAUAUAGCUCGCAAGAAACAACGCAAUCAAAACAACAUAUCAACCCUUUGACAGGCGUACCAUUCCACCUCAACAAGGCGUGUUUAGCUGCUAUAAGCAACUGUGAUAACUAUGACUAUUUACAACAAAGGCAGUUUGACUUUGUGAAAUAUUCCUACGAUUUUAGUGUAGAAAGGGCCCUGCUGAAAGAACACGGUGAAGACAAUGAAAGUAUGGAGUAUGCGUAUUGAUGCGUUAAACGUAUACAAAGGUACUUGUUCUUGCAUGGAUGCAUGAAUAAUGUGACAAAAUUGGAGCUCAAUUUAUGGGAUCAGGUUCAUAGAUUUUAUGUUGGCUACAUGAUUUUAUAAUUUGUUCAAAUUUAGUUGUUUUUUUCCACUCUUAUGAACAAAAUUACCAAACUGCAACUUGCAAUCACAGUCAGUGAAAUUAGUCUUUUGGAUAAAAAUCAUGAAUUCAUCUACUCAUAACUGCUUGGCAGUUUAUUUUUGGACAGGCCCUGCUAUAAAAAAACAACCCAGAAUUUGAGCAAGCCCGCAGAGCAUUUUACCAGUGCAGGGCUUGCGGGCUUGUGCUUAUUUUGACCACUGGGCAGAUAUUCAUUUGAACAGAAAUGUUUAAAUCCAUGCCUUAUUCAUUUUUUGAUGGCAUAGCUUACGCUUUCCGGUAAAAUAAAGCAUUUUCUGUCAUAUUUUUCAAUAAGAAUUGUUAUUUUAAACUUUUAAUGAUGUUUUAUCAUUGUAACAUUAGUGUUUUGUUUACAUUUCUCAUUUAAUCAAAAAGUAAAGGUGAUAUCAGAAUGUAUAAAACAUGAACGAGAAUGAAAGGAAAAUUUAUAAGUAUUUAUAAAUACACAAUUUUGAAAGAUUCCACUUUCAUUCCAUCAUUAACAUUUUCAUUGAUGCAUUUGGAAUAAGAACACUGUUUUAUAAUUAGUUGAAACCAUUUCAAUAUUGUUUUCAUGCACAGACCUUUAAACCAUAGGUCCGUGAUAUUUGUUUGUGUUAAUUUAAUGGAAAUUUAUAAUUACAAUUUACAUACAGCUGUUAUCGAUCAUUUGCAUAUCUCAUUUUUGUUUUGAUUUUGUUAGACAUUUAAUGUUUUAUUGAGGUAAUGGUUGUUUUAUAGUUUAUUAUUGAUACAAUAUGCACCUAUACAGUAUAUUUUUGUUAAAUUUUCCCAAACUUGUUUGAACUUGAUUUCAAUAGUGUUGAUUGCUGACCAUGACUGCCUCAUCAUAUUAGUGCUUGUGAGUUUUAAAGAUUGGUUAAAGAUUUUUUGUAUGUACAAAAUGUACUAACAAAAAUAAAUGGCUAGAUGCAACGCUGUAAGUUUUUAGUGGUCUACAUUAUAUUGUGUAAACUACCCACUUACUGCGCCAGCCACUGUCGCUAUCUACUGCUUUACCUGAUAAAAAUCAGCCAACUUCUAAUUAAUUGAAAUAAUAACAAAGAAAUGCUGCCAUGUCUUAGACAAAAUAUAAUGUUGACACAAAAUAUAAUGUUGACCACUUAUAUUUUUUACAAUGGAUAAAAUUAAGAUUUACA